AUGGCCAGGACCACAGGAAAUCAAGCCAAGCGGCGCAGGUGUGUCGCCAGGAUUAAGUUCUGGCGAAGAUCUCGCGUGGCCAGCGAUGUCACGUUGGGUAUUCUCAAGUACAAAGAUCCCUCGAAGCCACUAAAAAGAAGUUUAGCAUUCUCAAUUAUUAAAUCCUUUAUACGUCGUCUUAAAAAGGAAGACUAUAAAUACAGUGGUACUUUUCAAGAGGCCAUCAAGCCAGUUUUAAUUAUAGCUCAGAUCUUUGCUCUGAUGCCUGUUCGAGGAGUAAGCUCCAAGUUCGCCGAGGAUCUGUCGUUCGCCUGGAGCAGCAUCCGCACUUACUACGCUCUAGUUACAAUCCUUUGCUUUGGAAUAUCCUCUGGCUACAAUGUGGCCUUUGUCGCAAAUGAGUCCUUUAGCUUUGAUUCGGUGGAGACACUGGUAUUUUACUUUUCCAUAUUCCUCAUCUCAUUAUCCUUUUUGCAACUGGCCAGAAAGUGGCCGGCUUUGGCUCAGGAGUGGCAAUUGGUGGAGGCAAAGCUACCACCUCUGAAGCUAUCCAAGGAUCGGAAGUCUCUGGCCCAGCAUAUUAAAGUAAUCACCAUUGUGGCCACCACUUGCUCGCUGGUGGAGCACAUGCUUAGCAUGAUGUCCUUGGAUUACUAUGUCAGUUCCUGUCCCAAGUGGCCGGAACGGCCCAUUGAUAGUUUCCUGUAUUUGAACCUCUCGGCGGUAUUUUACUUUGUGGAUUACACCCGAUUUCUGGGCAUCAUUGGAAAGGUGGUCAACGUGCUGAGCACCUUUGCCUGGAAUUUUAAUGAUAUUUUUGUGAUGGCAGUGAGUGUGGCUUUGGCUUCAAGGUUCCGGCUUCUAAAUGAUUACAUGUUAAGAGAGGCUAAAAUGCCCACAACAGCAAACUAUUGGAUGCAGUGCCGCAUCAACUUCCGGAGUCUUUGCAAACUCUGUGAACUGGUGGACGAUGCCAUUUCCGGCAUAACUCUUCUCUGUUUCAGCAACAAUCUUUACUUUAUUUGUGGAAAAAUCCUCAAGAGCAUGCAGACUAAGCCCUCCAUAUCUCAUACCCUUUACUUUUGGUUUUCCCUGGCCUAUCUCCUGGGCAGAACCCUCAUCCUUUCGCUUUAUAGCUCCAGCAUCAAUGAUGAAUCCAAGCGACCAUUGUCGAUUUUUCGUCUAGUUCCCAGGGAGUAUUGGUGCGAUGAGCUCAAACGCUUCUCGGAGGAGGUGCACAUGGACAAUGUGGCUUUGACGGGCAUGAAGUUCUUUCGACUGACACGCGGUGUUGUUAUUUCGGUGGCUGGCACAAUAGUGACAUACGAGCUUAUUCUGCUGCAGUUUAAUCACGACGAAAAGGUUCUCGGCUGCAACGAGGGCUGAACUUAUUCGGGAGGGAAAGGACAAA